CGGGUCACGGCCUCAGGGGGAUGAAGUGAAAUGGGAGCGGGGAAAGAUAAUCAUUGAAGAUGGCUGGGAAGGACGGCAAUUUCGUGUACAGAAUCAGUAAAGCAAGCGAGUGGGAAGAGUUGCAGAGGAAUGGAUCCGUUUUUGGUGGAGAGCUUGACAGGUCUUCUGGUUUCAUCCAUCUCAGCAAGCUCGAUCAGGUUCUGUCAACACUGCAAAACUUCUUCUUAAAGACCGAAGAGGAACUAUACCUGCUCCAGAUUGAUGCUAAAAAGCUGGGAGAUGGUUUGGUAUAUGAAAUUGUGGAUGGUUCGAAUAGCUUCCCUCAUUUCUACGGCCCAUCUCGAAGUUUUAGCCCUCUUCCUCUGGAUGCGGUAACAAAAGCAGAGAAGCUGACUCUCUCUGAUGGCCGUUUCAGUUGUAGUUUGCUAGAAGGUUAAAGCAAGGGGACCAUUACCUGCGAUUUUAUUGUUUCCCUCAAGCUUCUUUGUAUUGUGUAAGCGUGGGGCGCAAAUCAAAAUCUCUGCAACUAAUAGGAAUAUUGUGUGGCUAAAAAAAAAAAUAAAAAACAAAAAGAAGCUCCUCCCGUAAGAAAAGGUGUGGUGGAUGACUCGAGCCUGUAAAAUGCAGUCUAAUUUGAAUAAGCGAGCGUGAGAAUUAUGAUGAAUCUUUUGAGUGGAUAUUGGGAGUUUUUCAUCCAUUUUUCCCGAAUAACAGAUAGGUUACAUUUCAUUUGUUAUUUGCAAUUUUGCAUUUGAUCACAGUGGCUUUAAUCUUCAAUUUCUGAAAUAUAUUUCCAUUGUACCAUCCUAUUUGUUCUUCCAUCUUCAAUGCCUUGAGUACGCAUUGUUGAGAAACGAGUCUUGAGGAACCGCAAGCUUUCCUUAAUUUGUUGUGUGUGAACUACUGAA